AUGGCUGCCGAGAAGAAGACAGAAGUUCUUGAGAAGAAGAUCUCAAUAAAGCCCCGCAACAAGAUAACAAGGGGUGUUCAGGUGGAGACUCUCAUGAAAUGUGCCGACAAUAGUGGAGCAAAGAUCCUCCGAUGCAUUGGAGUAAAGAGGUACAGAGGAAGGCUCAACAGGCUUCCUGCAGCAGCGCCUGGGGAUAUAUGUGUCGUGUCCGUUAAAAAGGGAAAGCCUGAGCUCCGAAAAAAGGUGCAUUAUGCCAUUCUUAUAAGGCAGAAGAAGAUCUGGAGGCGCACAGAUGGAUCUCACAUUAUGUUUGAGGACAAUGCUGCAGUCCUCAUCAACAACAAGGGAGAGUUGAGAGGAGCCCAGAUAGCUGGCCCAGUCCCCAGAGAAGUUGCCGACAUGUGGCCUAAGAUAUCAUCCCAAGCAUCGUCUAUCAACUGA